UUGCCUGGUGUCUCUAUGAUCCCCGGCUCCUCGCCUUUACUGCAGGUGAGCAUGCGCAGGAGUCGAGCGUGCCAUAGCAACCGGAUCAGCGACAGUAGCAACCCUAAUGGCAAAAGCAACAACUAUUAAAGAAGCUCUAGCCAGAUGGGAGGAAAGAAAUGGUCAGAAGGCAUCGGAGGCCAAGGAGGUGAAACUAUAUGCCCAGAUUCCUCCUGUAGAGAAGAUGGAUGCAUCUCUGUCCACACUUGGUAACUGCGAGAAGUUGUCUCUGUCUACAAACUGCAUUGAAAAAAUCGCCAACCUGAACGGCCUAAAAAACUUGCGGAUUCUUUCAUUGGGGAGAAACAACAUAAAGAAUCUGAAUGGGCUGGAGGCAGUUGGAGAUACAUUAGAGGAACUGUGGAUCUCAUACAACUUAAUUGAGAAGCUAAAGGGCAUCCAUGUCAUGAAGAAGCUGAAGAUUCUCUAUAUGUCCAAUAAUUUGGUGAAAGAUUGGGCAGAGUUUGUGAGACUGGCGGACUUGCCAUUACUGGAGGAUCUGGUGUUUGUGGGCAAUCCACUGGAAGAGAAAUACUCUGCCGAUCAGCAGAGCAACUGGGUCGAGGAAGCAACCAAACGCGUGCCCAGGCUGAAAAAACUAGAUGGUGUCCCAGUUAUUAAACAAGAAGAAGGUGAAGAAGGAGAAAACUAACACAACUCUUUCUUGUGUGGUAUUAUAUUAAGUUUCUUCAGAGCAAUUCAGCACACAAAGCUUUUGGAUAAAUGUUUGUUUCAAAGAAAAUCUAUGGACAAUUUUUUUUAACUAACUCAUCUCCAUACUCUCCUUUCCUCACCCAAAGAGUUAAUUACCAAAACAUGGGCACACUACGUUCAUACAUUUCAUGCGCUCUUCUGUGAGGACUAUUGAAAGUGAGAUUGUCUGUCUGAUUAAUUUAAUGAGAGACUUUAACUAAAACUACAUACUGAUUUUUAUCCCGAUUUAGUGAUUAUUGUAGAUCUGUCUUUCUGGUUAUGAUAGAACUGUUUUUCUUGUUAACUGUGCAGCUGAACAUUUGAGACAUGGAGACCAGAACAACAGUAUUUUGUUUUACACACUCUUUGCAGUCUAGGCUUUGUUAUUUUUUAAUACCGUCACAGAUAAAAACAGUUACUAACUGUAACUGGUUCUUCAAGAUGUGAUGCAGAUGUAUGUGUGCACUCAGCAUGGAGCCUUUUGUCUAGCAGUAGCUGUAGAGGGGCAGCGUUUGCAUCUUGUGGCUGUAGGCGCUCCCCAUGCUAUAUGAGGCGGAGCCACCCUGACCACCCUCAGUUCCUUCGCACCAAAAGCCUAUGAGAGGAGACUCCAAUGCAGAGGGAAUAGAGGGUGGGUCGUAGAAUACACGCCUGCAUCACCCCUCGAAGAACCACAAUUACGCAAGUAACCAUUUCUUCUUCUUCAAAUGGAUGCAGACAUGUAUUCUGCUUUGGUGACUUCUAAGCAAGCACCCCAAUCUGGAACCAAGGCUUGGAGUCUACUGCAGUAGGGAUUGUUUUUAAAUCUUCCGCCCUUCUGAGGCCUUUGUUCACUUUGGAAGAUGCAGCAGUAGCAUAAUGGUCCAUAGAUGUAUGUGUGGACAACCACGUGUCCACCCUGCAAAUGCCCACUAUGGAAAUGUCACUGAGGAACGCUAUGGACAGCAGUUGCACCUUCAUGGAGUGAGCCCAUUUCCAUAGAGGAGGUGAAGCUAUCUCAUACUCAGUCUUGAUACAGCAUGCUAUCCAUCUAGAGAUGGUCUGUGUAGAAACCAGUUGCCCCUUCAUGAAGGCUGCAUGUGACAUGAACAGGCGAGGUGAAGAAUGAACCGGUGGUCCUGUCGAGAUAAAAGGCUAGACAUCACCUGAUGUCCAGAGAAUGGAGAUGCACUCUUUCCCAGAAGAACUGCACCUUAGGGAAAAACACAGACAGUGAGAAGCAACUGAGGGGGGUUGGGGCGGCGCCACCUCAUAUAGUCAGGGGAGGCACAAGGCGCAUGCACUACCCCUCUACAAGUACUGUUAGGCAGAAGUCUCUGGUCCAGCGUGCUAGGCACACACACACCAAAGUGGAAUACACGUCUGCAUUUACUCAAAGAAGAAUCACUACUCCAUAACACUUCAAGAACAUGUGAGGCUGUCUUUUCUGCCCUUCAGUGCUCUGCCAGUUAUCUGUAGCUCAGUAGUCCCAGUAGUUGUCACAGGCUCAUGUUAGAAAAGGCAGCGAAUGGUCUAAUGAUCUCCUGUCAUUAGCAGUGGACCUAUAACUGAUUAUCUUGAACUGCACUGGAACUCAAAACUUCAUUACUGAGAAGGCCACGACUACCUUUUGAUAUAUUUGUUUUUAAAUGAAGCAAUGGAAACUCUUUGCAUAGUUUUUUGGUGAAAUUUAAGU